AUGGUGGGUCCAGAAGCGCCCGGCUGGCAUCUCGCUGGCGCCAACGUCUUCCUUUUUAUCGUUCAAGUUGCAGUUUCUAUUGGUGUCUUUCUUUUCGCGCCUGAAGGAUCAUGGGCUCCUUCUAAAGCCCACGACUCUUCUGCUGGAGCUUUGGACAGUAGUGGAUCGCUAGCUGUGGAGAGGCCAACAGCCUCCACGCUGACGCCGACCAAUUUGCUGGCACCUCCUCCUUAUGUGCUCUUAAUUUGGGUGCUCAUUUACAUUUUCAUGGGCAUGACCGUGAUCACUGACUGUUUUUACCCGACAUAUAGUUUCUUUAUCACAUCCGACGACCCAAAGUUCUUACGGCAAUGGUUCCAGCUUGCGUGUUUGGCCAACAUGGCAUGGGUAGCGCUUGACAUGUGGUUCAGCUGGGUGCAUAUGGCUGCAUUUGCACUUGCUGUGCUUUGGUGUACGGUGCUGCCACUCUACCUUUUUGUAGUGCGCCACGCUACGCCAAGAUACUCUCAGGCCUGGAUUUACUACUUCUGUAGCGAGUUCUCCAUUCGCCUCUACUUCGGCUGGCUAAGUACCGAUGCGAUCUUCAGCAUUGCUAGUGUUAUGGAAUAUCUUCAUGGAGGCUUUUUUGGAUUUAGUCUCUACGCAACGUUACUGGGAUUGCUGCUCGUAUUGGCGUUUGGCACAUAUGUCCAUGGUCACGAUCCGGUUGUAGGUCUUGUUGUCACCUGGGUAUUAUGUGGCCUUAUCUUUAAACAAGCAACAUAUCCUGAAGAAACCCAAGAAAUAUUUAACGAACUGCGUGCUGUCGCAAUCGUCGUGACACCUGUUUUUCCGAUAUUAGUGUUCGUCGAUAGUCUGCGAUACAUCUACAUCGUCCGAUGGAAAGUGUGA